AGGGCUUUUCUGAGGAUCGGGAGAGAGGCGGAGGGAGAGGCGCCGCGAGCCUCGCAGCAUCCCGUGCCCCGGCCCCGCGGCGCUGCUGCCGCCGGCCGUGCGGAGCGGGCUGCGGAGCAAGGUAAGGGCUGGCAGCGCGCUCCGGGGACCUGCCUGUCACUCGGGGGCUGCUCUCCCCGGCCGUGCGAGCGCUCGGUGGCGAGGGCAGAGCGGCCGCUGCCCCGCCGUGCUCCACCGCCGCCCAGCCGCGAAGUUACUUUGUUCGCAGAGUUGCUGCGGAGGCCGGGCUGGGACCCCCGGGCGCCCCGGCCGGUUGUCCCUCGCAUCGCCCACGCCGUGCUCAGCGUCACCAGCGAACACCGCGAAGGAAAAGCCGUGCGCGCCUUCCCCGAUAGUUUCCUCUCGCACAGCCGGGGGAAGGGGUGAUGGAAGAGGAAGAACUUCCCUUUGUCGUAGGAGAGGAUUGAGUGACCUCCGAAGUUUUGUUCCGGGAGGAAACCGCUUGAAUAAGUGUUUGGAAGGGGAGUGUGCUGGCCGGGCCGGGUGCUGUCUUGGUGCUGGCCCUCGCAGCAGGGAGGUGGCAGAGAUGGUGGCCUGAGGGCACCAGCCCCACGCGCAGACAUGGCCUUCGCCCAGUCCCACAUCAUGGCAGCCAGGAGGCACCAGCACAGCCGGCUCAUCAUCGAGGUGGAUGAGUACAGCUCCAACCCCACACAGGCUUUCACGUUCUACAACAUUAACCAGGGACGAUUCCAGCCCCCACAUGUGCAAAUGGUUGAUCCGGUGCCCCAUGAUGCUCCGAAGCCUCCAGGAUAUACACGAUUUGUCUGUAUUUCUGAUACUCACUCAAGAACUGAUCCCAUCCAAAUGCCAUAUGGAGAUGUGUUAAUACAUGCUGGUGAUUUUACUGAGCUGGGACUUCCUAGUGAAGUAAAAAAAUUCAACGAGUGGCUAGGUAGCCUGCCCUAUGAAUACAAGAUUGUGAUAGCAGGAAAUCAUGAAUUGACCUUUGACCAGGAAUUCAUGGCUGACUUAAUCAAGCAGGACUUUUACUAUUUCCCUUCUGUUUCUAAGCUGAAGCCAGAGAGCUAUGAAAAUGUACAGUCUCUUCUAACAAACUGCAUCUAUCUUCAAGACUCUGAAGUGACGGUGAGGGGAUUCAGAAUAUAUGGCUCCCCUUGGAGAAAAAUGACAGCUGUUGUGGAGAAAAGACUGGAGCAAGUUGCAUGUGUUUGUGAACAUUUGAAAUUUAUUUGGCAACCUUGGUUUUAUGGCUGGGGCUUUAAUCUUCCACGAGGCCAAGCACUAUUAGAGAAAUGGAACCUUAUUCCAGAUGGAAUAGAUAUUCUUAUAACACAUGGACCACCUCUCGGUUUUCUAGACUGGGUUCCUAAGAAAAUGCAACGAGUAGGAUGUGUUGAGCUGCUGAACACAGUCCAGAGACGAAUACAGCCAAGACUUCAUGUUUUUGGACAUAUCCAUGAAGGUUAUGGUGUGAUGGCUGAUGGAACCACCACUUAUGUGAAUGCAUCUGUGUGCACUGUGAAUUACCAGCCACUUAAUCCGCCUAUAGUUAUUGACUUACCUACUCCAAGGAACACAUGAUUAUAAUGAGGAUUUAAAGUUGUACCCAACACAUAAGCAACUUUAUAUUGCUGGCUGAGAAUCCCAGUAGGGAACCAUUCAACAAAAAAAGCAAAAUUCUUCUUUUUUUCCCUGCUAGCUCUUAACAGAUAAAUUUAGAAUAACAAAAGUGGACAAGGAACGAAGACAUUUUGAUGCCAGAACCAGAUUAAAGACUAACAUUUCACCAUUAAAAUGUUUGUGAACACAGAAAAGUGAAUGCAUUCCAUAUAUAUAUAUAUAUAUAUAAUAUAUAUAUAUACACACAUAUAUACAUAUAUAUAUAUAUAUAUUUAUCUCUAGUAGGGGCCU